CGCCGCCGCUGGGCCAGGCCGAGCGCUGCUGGUGCUGGUGCUGGUGGCGUCCGAGACGGAAGGCUUGACGAGAAGGGCUUGCGGCCGCGUGUCGGGCUGUUGGUAUUGUGGCUGCCGAGGCUGCCCGCUCCUGGUCAUGAGAGGAGAAAGAAUCCUGAAGCAAAGACAUUUUAGAGAAAAACUACUCAAGGGCCAUGCAAGCCGGCUGUAACCAACUGCAUGGUCCUCCAGGCACUGCACAUGAUGAGGGUGCUGCAGCCUCCCCGUGUGUUCAUUCAUCAAGAUCGACAGAAGGUUCCCUGCACCCUGGAGAUGUACAUAUCCAAAUAAACUCCAGACCGAAAGAAUAUUCUGAAAAUCCAAGCUCUAGAAAUACAAGGUCAGGCAUCUGUACCUGUGCCCAUGGAUGUGUGCAUAGUCGUUUACGGAGUUACCCCCACAGUGAAGCAAGGCCACCUGAUGACUAUGCCACAGAGUCUGGAGAACAUGGAAGCGGCUCCUUCUCAGAAUUCCACUAUCUCUUCAAGUGGUUGCAAAAAAGUCUUCCUUAUAUUUUGAUUCUGGGUAUUAAACUUGUUAUGCAGCACAUAACAGGAAUUUCUCUUGGAAUUGGGCUGCUAACAACCUUUAUGUAUGCAAACAAAAGCAUUGUAAAUCAGGUUUUUCUAAGAGAACGGUCAUCAAAGCUUCGGUGUGCUUGGUUACUGGUGUUCCUGGCAGGUUCUUCCACCCUCUUAUAUUACACCUUUCAUUCUCAGUCACUUCAUUACAGCUUAAUUUUCUUAAAUCCUACACUCGAACAGUUGAGCUUCUGGGAAGUUCUUUGGAUUGUUGGAAUUACAGACUUCAUUCUGAAAUUCUUUUUCAUGGGUUUAAAAUGCCUGAUUUUACUGGUGCCUUCUUUCAUUAUGCCUUUUAAAUCAAAGGGAUAUUGGUACAUGCUUUUAGAAGAACUGUGUCAGUAUUACCGAAUUUUUGUUCCCAUACCAGUUUGGUUUCGGUACCUUAUAAGCUACGGGGAGUUUGGUAAUGUAACUACAUGGAGUCUCGGGAUAUUGCUGGCUUUACUCUACCUCAUACUAAAACUUUUGGACUUUUUUGGACAUUUGAGAACGUUCCGACAGGUCUUACGAGUAUUUUUUACACGACCAAGUUAUGGAGUGCCUGCCAGCAAGAGACAGUGUUCAGAUAUGGAUGGUAUUUGUUCAAUAUGUCAAGCUGAAUUUCAGAAGCCAGUUCUUCUCUUUUGUCAGCAUAUAUUCUGUGAAGAAUGUAUUACCUUAUGGUUUAACAGAGAGAAAACAUGUCCACUGUGCAGAACUGUGAUUUCAGAACGUAUAAACAAAUGGAAAGAUGGAGCCACGUCAUCUCACCUUCAGAUGUACUAAGUUGUACAAACUAUUAAGGCCUCAAGACACUAAUUUUAUCUGGUUUGGUAACAUUGAUAAAGGCAAUCAUAAUUGGUCUUCAGCAGUAGAAAAAAAUUGUUUUCCAGGAGUAGAAAAAUGGUUUUAGGGUAUCAUGAGACAUAUGUUUAUAGUUCAGUUUCUCAAAAGAUUAAGUGCAAGAGCCCUGCAUUUUUAAACUAUAUAUUCACCUUAAUAAAUAUGCAACAUUUAUUCCACCUAUUUGACAGAUAAUUGCAGUGUUAAAUUGGAAAUGUGGUUUCUUAUCAAUAAUACCAAAACAGCAAUUAGAAACUAGAACUAGCCAUUUUAAAGGGGUUCAGUGUCUGUUUCCUGACAUGGUUUUCAGAAUAAAGAUUUGCAUAGUAGUAUU